AUGUACGAGGGCCGCCUGCGUGGCCGGCCGAAGCCGAGCGACGACGUCGAGUUGCCGCUCCGGGGAAGCGGCCUCACGAACCGGAAGCGCGAGCGCGCGUCGCGCUACAGCGACGACAAGCCCGAGGCGUCGCCGGAAGGCGCGGCGCGCACGCUCCGCAAGGCGCGGCCCGCCGACCGGCGGUGGCUCCGCAAGGCAUUACGGCAGGCCGACGCCGAGGGCGCGGGCCCCGACUCGGGCCGCGUCGUUAGAGCGGAGCCAGGGUGGUCGAGAAGCAGAAACGCGAGAAUAGCGGCGCUCUGCGAACGCCUGGGGUUGAGAUCGAUCGUGGCCACGUCGGGCGACGGCCUGGCCGGCGUCGGCGGCAUUCCCUACCACGCGCCGCCGGACGUCGCGCGGCGGCUGCGCGCGGGCCUCGAGGGCACGGCGGCGCUCGAUGACGACGACGAGGACACGGACGGCAAGUCGUCGGAAGAUGAGCGGCUGGAGCGGCCGUCGAUCGUGGCACGGACGUCGUCCACCUCUUCCACGGACGGCCUGCCCAUCCGCAACAUGAUAGCCGAGAGCCCGCCGCCGCCGCCGCCGCCCUCGCUGCGAGCGGGGCCGCUGGCGCGAUGCGAUUCGCUCGUGGAUCGCAUGGGCGGUCUCCUACGCUCCUCAUCGUCCAACUUAGGAAGCGAAACACCGCACUCGCCGCCGCACCGAGCUUUAUCGAUGGAUUCAGCAGCACCCGAGGCGCGGACCGUCUUCUUCGCGACGCCCGGGAGAGGGGAAUUACAGCGCGCUAGGUCGUGCGACAACACGGGCCGGCCGCCGGCGGGCCCGUGCAAGCUGUCCUUCGAUAGCGCACAGACGCGGCGGCCGCCGCGCGACUCCGACGCGUCGACGGUGCGGGCGUCGGGCCGGUUCUCCGUGGGAUUCAACGACCGCGACUCCCUUGCCAGUGCAAGGCGGCGGCGCGACUCGUCGCGGCGCGGCUCGUCGGACCUAGCGGCGGCGCUCAAUGGAAGGGGAUCAUCAAUGAUGCCCUCGGACCGGCCGUCCUUCGCGCCUUCUGAUAGACCACCUCGAUUGGCGCGGUCGCAGCGCAUGCGGUAUAGAAGUUCGCCUUUGAGUGAUGAAGAGAAAACAUCGAGGCCGACCUGGGUUCCUCAAUCAUUGAUGCCGACGCCGGCGCCGCGUCUAGGAAGGUUCACGUCCUCCUCGACCGGGAGUCGUAGGGGCACGCCUCUGAGCGCGAUGGGCACGCCGCAGCACCCCGCGCUGCUGCCCAAGGGCCACGCUUUAUUACAGCGGUCCGUGUCCGUGUGUGCUUGGGGGUCGCACCCGGAGUUCGGCGACUUUGGCGUUUCGGAGCCGGCGUCGGACGCGCGGCUCGCGCGGCUGCGGGCGCUGCUGGCGGCCGAGCAGCGGCGGGCCGAGGAGGCCAAGUUCGCGUCGCCCUAG